UCAUAACAAAGCCUUCAGCUGGAUAGGUCUUUGAUUUGCUUGGUCUUCUUAUUCGUCUUGCGAGCUGAGUGCAAGUGUCGAUCCAGGCUGACGUUCACUAGGAGUUGGACUCUUCGCUUUAUCUUUCAUUUCUCAUCUUGCUGGUCCUCCAUGACCAGGAAACACCUUUGCCAUGGGCCAAACGGGUUCUCGUGUUGUAGGGAAACUUGCCAAUUCCUUCAGCUUCAAUGGAACAUCGGAGACUAAUGGCCUGGAUGGAACCACGCUCUCCAUUCCAAAGUUCCGUGGAGGCACACCAUUGGUCUAUACAAGAAGAGGUUCCAUGUAUUUUGAUGAGGAUGGGGACUUAGCCCACGAGUUUUAUGAAGAAAUCCCGUCUCGACGAGGCAUACCCGCGAGGAUGCGAAAGAUCACCAAAAAGCAUUUGAGGCCGCAGGGCGAGGUCAAGUACUCAAAUCCGAGGCUUCACGUGGACUUCCCCAUCAUACUCUAUCAGGGAUGAUAACGCUACGGACCUCCUUGUGUAGUGGAGAGCCAUGUCUGUGAACUUUUGUUGUGAUACUCUGUACAGUGGGGGAGGAGGACACAUGGUACAAAGCCUGAUCCAAUGCCCACUAGUCCCUCUUAUCCCCCUUCCAUGAACAUGAAGAUUAAAACAACAAUGACCAUUGGUCGCCCAAGGUAUCAGGUCUAUUUAUUCUCUUCGGAUUGGGGAUCACCUUGGAGUCUGGAUCCACCCACUCCAUUCCAACGAAUCGAAUCUUAAGCUAUGUUCCACAUAAAUCUUGUUCUUCAAUAAAAACAGAUGCCAAAACUA